UAAAAAAUGUUAGGGCAACGUGGUGGGUCGAGUCUAUAGACAAGAACGGCACCGAGAGCGGCGCUGCUGCGCCGGCGUUGAGAGCGCCGCAUGCGGAGCAAAAUUCUAUUAGCCGGUGGUACCCCUCUCCCAUCUCUCGUUCGCGCCGCCUUGAUUGCCUCCUGCACUGCGCGUGUUUGGGCACGUUUCGCGCCGCGCGCGGUGUGCGCGCGUGGACAUUUCUUUCGAAGGGCGGUGUACAGUCUCUCUCACAUUUAGGGGAAAACUCGAAGCGCAUUGCAUCGCGAUGCGGCGAGCGCUUGAGUCAAGCGGCGGCAGCAGCUCGCGCAGAUGCUCGAGGGGCGGGAUCUUAAACGGCGUCGUCUGCUACGGCGACGCACGCUGGCCGCAUUGUCGAGAAACGUUCUACUGUCAGGUGCAGGGCGCUGAUCACAUCGUUACUGCGUGAAAGGAGCCGGUAUUCUUUGCUAAGCGUUGCGCGACGCCCACUGAUACGCCUCGAAUGUAAGUUCAUCGCUGCAUGGCAGUCAUAGACGACGUACUGAUUCCAUACAUUCUUGACGGCCCGUUUCUGGAAGGCGACUAUAUAUUCUAACGCGAUAGGACGCCGAUCCACACUGCUCGUGCUGUGCAAGAACUGCUAGAAGAGCGCGCAGUCACUCUCUUGGAGCGGCCGCCUCAAUCCCCAGGCGCCAACAUCAUUUAAAAUGUCUGGGGCUCGUUGAAAGUAUCGCUGGCGCAACAUCCCCUCUAUCAGUCGCCCGAGGAUAGGCUUCGAUCCACCAUCGUCAGUGACUGAGACGUGCAGCGAAUGAACACAUCCCUGAUAAAGUCAUUCUACACUUCUCUGCCUUCCAGGAUGAGCGCUGUCAUCGCUGCCGCUGGGGACAUGACGAGAUACUAACUGAAGUUCCGAGCGUGACGUGUCCAAUUCCCCACCGGCGGGCACGGUCGGUCUGGUGUAGCGAAAGAUUAUCGAGAAAAAUCACUUCCAGCUCAUUGUCUGAACCUAAAACGUUCAUUUAAUCGUGUCCGUUUGUUUCACCGUGUUCGACUCCCAUUGUUGAGUGCUUUGUUUUCCUUUCGAGUCAAACAAAGACUGAGCACGUUGCGCGCAUAUCUUGGUGCGUUUUGUCGCUGCUCAUUACGGUAGCACACACAGUGAAGAAAUAUACGUGCACACGCUCAGUACUCCGGCCUUUCGAAAGAACAAAUGAACCAUGUUGUCAAAAGAAGUUUGUGGAACUCCAUUAUCGCCAAUGAAGGAUCAGAGUGUGGCGACGCACAACGUUUAGUAAAGAAUAUCAGCUCAGUUCCCGCAGUACCGAUGAAAUCGGUGCAUUGCCCCUGACAGUACCACGCUUCCCGAAAAUGCGGCCAGCGCGCGCCGCCGUAGCAGACGACGCAGAUCACGACACUGCCCCUCAAGCGUGUGCGCCUGCUCGAGCUGCUGCCGCCGCACGACUCCAUUGCUUGCCGCAUCGCGACGCAAUACGUUCCGAGUUUUCCCCUUAGUGUGAAACAAACUGCACGCGCUAUAUUUGCCUUUAAGAAGAUCGGUACGCUUGACGAUUAUUUUUAUGGCUGCAAUGCGGCGAAACGGCAGCGUCUGCUUAACCAUGUAAGGGACGCUGAGCAGGUAAUUGGAAACGACAUCGUAUGUGCCGCCGGAAAAAUCGUCAGCACAUACGAUGCGGCACAUACAUACCGCACCUACGAGCUAAAGUCAUUUUUGCAGUUUCUCACAUUAUGUUUGCUGCAAAUCCGUGUUGUCUAUGAUGGCGACAACGGACUUCUAUCGACACUGUGCGGAAAUAAACAAGAUAUAUCGCUGCAUAGCACAAGUACGACAUGCGCACACAACUUUAACUAGUACGUCCCCUACAAUAUGGAAUAGAGGCAGCAAUGUAGACAGCUUGGUCAUUUUUUAACAGUACUCAAGAGACGGAAGUUGAAAGUAUUAUUAAUCAUUCCUGCUUCAGCAAUGCCGGCGCGACCAAGACGCGGGUGUGUAUCGUCCAGUAACCCGAUCGAUCGGUGCGGUGGUGAAGCGGGAAUGAACUCCGGUCAUGUUCAAUGCAUCAUGCACAUAUUCAAUUUCUCGGCACGCGUGAACUUCGGCCACUGCUAGCGCAUACAACAGACGUGGUUUCCAUUCUUAGACAGCGCACACACAAACGAAACACGAGAAAGAAGACAGGACAAGCGCUCGUUUAACUUAAAGUUUUUAUAUGAAUAAAAGGAUUAUGUACCGAGUAAUUAUUAAUUUCACGUGGGUUACAUAUAGAAACCGUCAUACACUCAGGAGUGAUCAAUAAACGAGCUCGCUUCGUUUGCCAGAUGUUUACUUCGCUCGGCGCAUAAUCAUGUCUGUCGUCUGCUUCUUUCGUACCAUUUUCUUGUGAAUCGGCAGAAUUUCACUGGUGGCAUCAACCUUUUCAUGUUUACAUUGCUGUCGUGACAGUUAACAACACAAUAAUAAUUUCCGGUCAUCCGAAGAGGCGCCGUCGCAAACAUGAGACGUUUCGCGCGCAGCGCGAACUGAACGCGGGCGCGACCGCGAAGGGAAGCGGCGACGGAAACCACCGUUGGAGAUGAAAUCGUGCCGCCAGGGGAGAAACGAGCGCUGGCGUCUAGGAUGAAACUUGGCGUGCGGUCGUCUAUAACAGCAGAAACGUUUAGAGUCCAAUCCUACAGGAGCGUCAACCGGCACGAAAUCAUUCGUCGGUCGACGUUCCCGUGAGAUUACUGAUGUACGCAUGUGAUGCGUUCUUAUCUCUGUCUCACCGAUUCCGAGCGUCACACGCAAAACGAAGCUCGGGCGCAACUCAUCUACGAUGACUUCGAUUAGGUGCAUAGCCGCAACACGUCAGGUAUAAGGCGGAUUGCGGGCACAAGGCAUUCGCUUACGUCAGAGAUUUCCUCUCGAAGCGUCAGGCCCUCCUUAAGAUCGAGGACGAGGAAUAUGGCCCAUACACCAUGGGCACACGGGGCACUCCCCAAGGAGCGGUCUUGUCGCCACUCCUUUUCAACAUUGCCAUGAUGCAGCUUCCACAUCAAUUGGCCCGGGUGGAAGGCAUCCACCACGCACUUUACGCGGAUGACAUAACAAUUUGGACUACCGAAGGGAGCGUUGGGGAAAUGGAGGACCGCCUCCAGCGGGCCGCCUCCAUCGUCGAUAGUUAUGCUAUCCGCUGUGGUCUCCAAUGCGCUCCUGCGAAAUCGGAACUUCUUCACAUUAAAACCAAUCCCAAAGACAACACGAGUUUGCGUCUCUUUCUGAUGGGAGGUCCUAUUAGAGAGGUCGAGGAGAUCCGGAUCCUGGGUCUGUUCAUCCAUCACAGACUCAGCCCGGAAUCCACUAUCGACAAACUCAAACGCAUAGGCGAACAGGUCGGACGUAUGAUCCACCGCGUUUCCAACAAACGCGGCGGGUUGCGGGGCAGGGACGCGCUUCGGCUCGCCCAUGCCUUCGUAACCAGCAGGAUCCUAUACUCCGUACCCUACCUUCGAACUACAAAGAAACACGAUGAACGCAUCGACGCCAUCAUAAGGAAGGUUACAAAGCGAGCUUUGGACCUCCCGGUGGCUACCUGCAACGCUAAGUUGUUGGCUCUAGGUGUGCUUAACUCCUACCAGGAGUUAAAGGAGGCCCACCUUGUGAACCAAUACACGCGACUCUCGCAGACGGUGUCCGGGCGCCACUUGCUAGACCGCUUGCACAUACAACACGAGUGCAUUCCAGAAGAGACAUGCAGGCUUCCGGAGCUCUGGCGUCACAAGCUCUGGGUCCCUCCACUCCCGCGCAACAUGGACACGCAGACACAUGAAGGCAGACGAAAGGCGCGCGCUCGGGCUCUCGAACACCAAUAUGGAUUAAAGCAGGGUGUAUACUACGUUGAUGUGGCAGGGCCGUCGCCCACAGGAUUCUACACGGCUGCCGUAGUUCACCAGGACCAACGAGUUAACGGACUUUCCUACCGCGCUUUCAACUCCGCGCAGGCCGAGGAGGUUGCUAUAGCACUUGCCGCCUCGGACCCGAAUUCGAAGGUAAUCAUCACAGAUUCGCGCAGAGCCUGUGAGCACUACCUGGCGGGCGAGGUAUCACCUUUAGCCUACCGCAUUUUACAGCGAGCCGUGAGGGAAUCGGACCCCUCACCCAAACGCAUUAUUUGGACUCCGGGCCACCAGGGCCUUAGAGGUAACGAGGCUGCGGACGCGGCCGCCCGAGCGCUUACCCACCGGGCACCUCAACCAGACUCUUCCGGCUCAGAGAUUAGACAACCGCUUCUGCGGUUCAGGGAAAUUCUGGCAGACUAUUGCGAACGUCAUCGGCUUUUCCCGGUCCCUGCUAAGGGCCUCAGUAAGGCCGAUGAACGAACACUGCGGCGCCUGCAGACAAACACCCUGUUGUGUCCUGCAAUAGCAAAACAUUUUGACCCAAAAGUUGAUGGGCGAUGCCCUCACUGUGGGGAAGUCUCCGAUAACUUUCACAUGGUGUGGGCAUGUCAGAUGAAUCCGUCCCUUCCCCCCAACCCUUCCCCCACUAGAGAGGCAUGGGAGGCAGCCCUACUCAAUUGCUCGGCGCUGGAGUCCCAAAGGGCUCUAGUCCAACGGGCGCGGGUAGCAGCUUCGUCCAGUGGGGUCCCCGACUAAGGACUCCACCUAUGUAAAGGGCCAUGUUCGGCCUGCAAACUCUCAAUCCGUUGAAUAAAUGUUUUUCAUCAUCAUCAUCAUCUCGCGCUUUCCUCUGGGCACGCUGCGCCACCUGUAGGCAAUGUCGUGAAGCCGCGCAUAACCGGUGGCAGAUACUAAAGCCCCUCCAUACACGUUGCGGCGUUGACGCGUGGAUAGAGGGGCUUUAGCAGAUACCAUGGCAGAUACACACUGACCCAAGAUGGCAUCAAAUAGGUUCUCUUGAGAGGGGCACAUACCCAGUGGCAUAUAACCAUUGUAACACGCCAAGUGACACGUACCCACGUGAACGCACUAUAUUGAACUGCACAACGUUCGGGAUGGGCCCAAGUUUUUUUGUUCUUUCUUUCGGGGGGGGGAUAGCUAGACAGCCGGAAAGAGAACUAUAGUCUUUUUUUAAUUAUGCGGUUUUAUGUGUUACGAUAAGGAUAUGAUUACGAGAUGCGCCGUAGUGGAGGACUCAGGAAUAUUUCUGACCACCUGGGAUUCUUUAAUGUGUAAGGAGUGCACUAAUAAAUGUAAGUGAGCGAGCGUUUUUGCUUUCCCUCCCCCAUGUGAACCGCACGUGACGGCGGGGUAGCGAACGUGCCAACUCGCGCACAGUAGCCGAACGUCAAACGGGGUGAUCACAUUAAAGUUUUAACGCGACAGCGUUAAGCGCCCCGUGUCGUAGAAAAUCCGGCGUCGGUGUCCCGCGCCUAGCGUCGAUCGUCUUUUCGCGAAAAAUCAUUCUGGCCCACGCAUACCCUACGACUCUUCUAUCAACAAAGUUUCCCAUACAUUGUCUUUGAUUUUUUACAAAUUUCACGGAAUCUUGAAAAUGACAGCCCAUAAACAAAUGCCAUGAAAAAUAAAACACCGACAGCACCUACCUUUUAUGUUAGAUUUUCUCAGACUGAUAUAUUAAAAGUGCAAGUCAAAAACGGGCCAAAUUCCUACCAGAAAGCUCGCCUUCGUGCAUAGUGUUCGAAGCCAGCAUUUCCCGGUAAACAUUCCGCUUACAUAAGCUGCAAUUGCCGGGUAGCGCGAAAAGCAGUCAGGGAUCCUUGAAUACUAUUGUGAAGCUUAAGUGUCCUCCAAAUUGUUCAUGAAUUUUUAAAUAUCGCCUGUCAGAUAUGAAAUAGCUUGUCCUUGAACUGGACUGUUCAAACCAUGCCGCAUUUGAGUGCGAU